AUUGUGGGUGGAGGAUACAUGCAUCAAUUAACACUGAAGAUGGCAGUUUUGAGAUAAAGACAUUCAAAUCAACUCAUCAUUGCUCUUAUACUAAAAUUAACAAGCAAGCAUCAUCUUCUUUCUUGGCAAAAAAAUACAUGGAGACCUUGAGGGAUGAACCUGCAUGGAAGACUGGUGCAAUGAAGAAGGCUAUUUUGAGGGAUUUGGAUGUGAUUGUUUCUAGCUCCAAGGUUUAUAGAGCAAAGAAGAAGGCAGUCUCACACAUUGAGGGGAACCAUGGGUUACAAUUCAGAAGAGCUAGAAACUACUGCCAUCUAGUUCAAUCUACAAACCCUGGUAGCAUUGCAGUCACCACUAUUGACAGACCAACACUUGAAGAGCCUGCAAGAUUUGAAGGGUUAUUCAUUUGUUUUGAAGCAAUGAGUAAAGGUUUUUUAGAAGGGUGCAGACCAUUCAUUGGACUGGAUGGAUGUUUUUUGAAGGGUCCUUACAAAGGCCAACUGUUAAGUGCACUUGGGAGGGAUGGAGACAAUGGGAUUUUUCCUAUUGCUUUUGCUGUGGUAAGAUCUGAAACAAAGCAGUCAUGGAAGUGGUUCAUGGAACAACUAGAGAAGGCUUUGGGUCCAUUACAUCGGUUUACAUUUAUGUCUGACAGACAGAAGACAUGUUGCAUGGUUGUCAUCAUAGAUAUUGUGUAAAACACAUGUAUGAAAAUUUCAAAAAGAAGUUUAAGGGGGUGAAGUUAAGAAAUGAGAUGUGG